AUGCUCCGGCUCACCAUGGAGCUGGCGCUGGAAAGAUCACAGGUGUCUGAUGACUUGGCCACUAUGCGAGCCGUCGAGAUUCGCGCUCGGAAGGAGAAGAUGGAUGACCUCGCCGACAAAGCUGCCAGGAUCGUCAAUGAGGCAGCACAUCGCAUGGGGGCCCGAAUGGGUUUGCCUGCCGAGUGGGAUGUGGUGGAGCGCAUGGCGGGGACAGAUGCGGCCAGGUUAUUGAAGAAGGAUGAAGAGACGGCUUCAGAGCUGCUGAAGAGGAUUCAGGACCUGGUGAAUGCCACCUAUUGGGGUUGGGGCGGCCAUGGUGGCCGUACACGUACCAGGGACAGAGGAACCGAGCCUGUGGCCAAGGGGCUGCAGGUCAUGUCGGUGAUCUACGUACAAAACGCAGAGGUGUUCGUGAAUUACCGUGCGCGGCGCUCCGAGAUCUCCUCCGGUAUGACGCCUGACAUGGCGAUUGGAGAUGCCUGGGAUGUGAAGACCAUGGCUGUCCCUCUGGCUGGUGUCGGGCGCAUGAAGGAGAACCCUGUGGACCCGAAGAUCAAUGAGCAUUACCUCUGGCAUGGCUGCAAGCCGGAAUCGGCUGAGGGUAUUACAGACGCCAACUUCGACUUGACCCGUGCCGGGACAGCCUUUGGUUCGCUGUUCGGUCCUGGCAUCUACCUUGCGGAAAGCUGCAUGAAGGCGGACGAGUACACGCAGCCGGAUCGCCGGGGUUGGUAUCCGCUGCUGCUCUGCCGGGUUGUGCCUUGGGAACCACUGAUCCACUUGAUCAUUCCUGUGUCCAUGCUUGGAUGCCUCGUGGGGAUUUGCUUUUGUGAGGUGUCGGAAGCUGUGAUGAUUAAGCUGUGUGCCGAGGUGCUAGGAAACGUUCUCUACUGCGAUCAUCCCUCGCCAGUGUCGAUCAGUUCCAGCCUGGUGGCCGCUUGUGGCGAGCGAGGCUACCAUAGCAUCCUUGGCGACCGGGAGAAAGUGAACGGAACCUUCCGCGAGUUCAUUGUGUUCGACAACCACCAGGUCUACCCCGAGUACAUCGUUUGGUAUCGCAUGAUUGAGUCAUUUGGGGAAAACGUGGCGCAAAGCAACGGGUGGCUGCUCAGUGAGACCGAUGUCCUCAGAGCACAUGCUGCCAUGGCUGGCGAUCCCUACCCUUCGCCGCCGCCGGCCGCGCGCUUCGUUGGGAUCGACCUGGGUGUCCUCUUUGCGGAGUUGGUGAACGCCGAGGGCCGGCUGAUGAGCGCGCCCAAGCAGACCUUCUCGCAUCUUCCACUGGCCUUGGCGCCUUCUGAGGCAGCGCAGAAGAGAGCUGAGAAGUAUCAGUGGCUCUUCCCCAUCCAGGAGGACGGAAAGCUGGGACCAGUAGCCUUUGACGGGAAGGAUUUCGCCGUGACGACCUGUGGCCCUCUGAGUGUGCUCCUCCGCACACUCAGCAGCUAUGCAGCUGCCCCAGGGACCACUCUGCAGCAGGUCUGCAUCGCAGUCCCGGAUUUUCUCUCCGACCAGGAGGUAGCCGUUGUGCAGGACGCGGUGAACCUUGCAGAUCUCACCAGUUCGGCUCAGCUGCUUCGUCACUCUGACGCCGUAGCGGCUGCGUUUGCACACAGCCAAGGUUCCUCGCUGUUGCCGGAGGGAACGGAGGAGCGCACCGUUGGCUUCGUGGAUAUUGGGUCCUCCCAUGGAACCGUCUCAGUGGUCCGCUUUGCUCGGAAGGAGGGCGCACCAGACGAGGCUGCCUCUCCGCUGGCACCGGGCAUCUCCGCCGAGUUCCUGUAUCGCUGCAGCGAGGAGGAGUUGGGUGUGCAGAGCAUGAUGACAGCACUCCUGAAGGAGGCCAUCUCCCGGAUAGAGCAGAAGCACAACUGCAAGGUCAAGCUUAGCACGAAGGCUGGCGUCCGCCUCGCCAAUGAGGCCAUCCACGCACUGAAGCAGCUGAGCAUGCUCCCAGAUGCAGAGAUGGGUCUUGAGGCCUUCAUGCCGGAGGGCCCUGAGGGCCCAGAGAUUGACAUCUCCGUGCCGUUGACGCGAACUGUCUUCGAGGCUGCUGCCAGCGGUGUCCUGAACAGGCUGAAGGAGGUUUUGGCAGCAGCGGCAGCCGUGGCCCCACUGGAGGCAGUGGAGCUUGUGGGUGGUGGCGGCCGCAUUCCUGUUGUACAGAAGCUGGUAAAGGACGCUGUGGGUGAGUCUGUGCCUCUUCGUUUCGGGCUUGACGGCGCCAGCUGCGUGGCCACUGGUGCUGCUGCCUGGGCUGCAGGGCGGCGCCCACUUGCUGCCAUGGACGCUGUCAUGGGCGUGGGAGGCCUUGGGGCCGACGACCUUGCGCGCGUUCGGGAACACGAGGCCGAGAUGGAAGCAGUGCACAGCGAGGAGGUGCGACGGCUUGAGAAAAGGAACGCCUUAGAGUCCUAUGUGUACCAAGUCCGAGAUUGGACGAAUGGCAAGGACGGAUCCUUACUGAAUCCGGGCGAGCUGAAUCCGUACUUGGACAAAGUGGUCCUUUGGUUUGAGGAUGCGGACAUGACAGAGGAACCCACAUCCUUCCAGACUUACUCAGACAAGCUGCAGGAGGUUGAGGCGUUUGUGAAGGAAACCGGGGCAGCAUACUUCGAGAAGAAGGCGAAGGAGUUCGAAGACCAGGAGAAGGCGAUCGAGCAGGCCGCCGCCGCAGAGCGCGAGCGACGCAAGGAGCUCGGUAUGGACUACGACAAGGACGAGAGAGUCAUGAAGAAGGAGGAUCGAAUAAGACUGGCUCAGAAGAACAAGGACGAGGGCAACGACAUGUUCAAAGCUCAGAAGUUCGACGAUGCUGUGAGAAGAUACAAGAAAGCCAUCGACCACGUGACUCGACCGGAGGUGGUCAGUAAUCUCACUCCGGAUGAGGCAGAGGAGGCCAAGAAGAUAAAGGUAUCCUGCCAUCUAAACAGCGCGCAGUGCUACAUCAAAGCUGGCGAAGCUGCGGCUCAGUCUGGCGGAAAGAACGCCGCGGAGCCCUUCUACAAGAAGGCCAGGACGUCCUGCGAGGAUGUCCUUGAGCUAGAUGCGAGCAGCAUCAAGGCGAUGUUCAGAAGAAGUCUCUGCCAGGAAAAGCUGGGUGAGCUCGAGGAUGCGCUGAAGGACAUCAAGAAGGGCCUGGCUGUGUCUCCAGAAGACGCCGAUCUCAAAAAGGCGCAGGAGCGUCUCCAAAAACUGCUGAAUAAGCAGAAGGAGGGCCAGAAGAAAGUCUUCUCCAAGAUGUUCGGCUAA